AUGCUCGUCUCUCCCCCGUCCGCUCAAUGCUUCGCAGACAACAUCGCAGCCCCUGCACACUUCAUGACCAUUGGCCCUAAUUCCGUAUCUCUUCCUUCCUGUCUACCUUCGUCCUGCCUCUUUAUGAGCCUCCCGAUCAGGUGGGAGGGGGCGGGCGGCACUCAACAAGAUCUGGUCCGUGCUUCACUGGCGGGUCAACCCUCGAUACGUAUGAAAUCCCGGUUGCCUCAUCCCCCACUUGGUUCGGUUCUGGGCCUCCCCACUACAGUGUGGGAGCUCGAACCCCAUUUGUAUCUGGUCAUUGGAUGCCGCCCAGAAACCGUAACCCUAGCUGCGUACGCCCCCUGUUCUUCGCAACAUUUUGCCUCCUGCACCUCGUUCGACCACGACAAGAACAGAAGGGAAUGGCCGUUUCCCGUGUACCUCCUUCGAGAUGGUGUGGCGAACACACACGAAAUAUAUGCAUACUGCAGCCCCAGAACGUGGUCGAGGUUCGGUGGCAACUCUAAAACAACAAAACCGGCCCGCCAGCCCAUCUUGUCUUCGAUGAAGCUACUGACGCAUGCCACCGCCAUUACACCGGCUGCACCAGCUGCACCUCUCUCCAUUGCAUCCUGCCAGUCACCACAUGGUAUUCACACGGAUGCCAAGACCCACGCUAGUGAACGUGGGAAAGUGACUGCUGUGGCUGUCCUCAUCCUGCCCUUUUCGCGCAUUGUUAAAUUCUCUCUGUACAGGAAGGCAAAGAUCGCACAUGGAAGAGAGCCUACCAUGACCUACUAUCAUGCCGUGGUUUCGGUCUACCAAAGUAACCCGACCGCCACUACCCCGCUGGGCCUGUCCUCUCCCUGGUACUACCAGCAGGUUUCUCCAAACCAGAUGCCAUGGGAGGGCGAUACGCCGUCUGCCGGACGUGGGCCGCCGCGUGGAGUGGAGUUCCUCCGAGCGACUUCCCCUGUAAAUCUGCCUUGCCACACCUGGCGCGCCAAGUAUGCAGUGCCCAGGUCAAUUUUCGGACCUCACAAGGAUCCGACGGCUAGGGCAAGGAGGUCCCAAGCCACAAGAGAGCCUUUUUUCUUCUCCUCUGCCGCUGCAAGAGGUAAACACACGACAGCCACCCAACUGACCCUGGAAUCUGGAAUCUGGUAUCGGGGUCUUCGCACGACAAUAACACAAAACCCCGAUGGAGGGGCUGAGAGAGGGGUAAAGAGGGCAGAUUCUGCGAAAUUAUGGGACUUCCUACCGGCCAUACAACGUCCGACGAUACACAACCACGCCAAGGCUCAAUGGAUCAUGAUUGUUGCGACCAUCCGUGACGGACAAGUCCCAACACCGAGCCGAGCCGCGCGAUUCACCUCUGGUGUCUGCGAACCGCUCCUGCUCCUUCCUUCGCCGCUUGCCCGCGUUAAAUGGGAAACAAAAGCCGUCCUAUCCGACUCCCGCAUGAGUCCCGCAUGAAGCGCAAGAGCUGAGUAAAUAGACGGCGACUCGAGAUGGGAGAGACGCGGGGCUGAGCGAUCUUGUACACGCUCGUGCCGACUACCUCAAACUGCAUGAUUCGAGAUGAUCGACCAACUGUUCUUUAACCAUUCUAAUUAUCAAUUUCUCUCAAUCUUGGACGACUUGCUUUGCCUACAAAGUAAUUACCUCCGAAGGUGCUUUCGACUCGAAAGCAGUACAUCUACUCUACCGCAGAGGAGAUACCUCAUAUUGUCCUGCCUCG